CUCCAGAUUUCAAUUUCUGUUCAAUAGCAUAUGAUGCACAAAUGCCGCAAAUGACAAGGUCACACUUUUCGCAACUCGGGCGGUCUUCUAUGUCCGGCGCCAUCAAUUCCACUGUCAAGUGUAAGCGAUGCACUUUACUCGUAAGCGACCACAUGAUAGCAAAGACAGUGGAGGCUGGCCUAAGUUUAGCAUUUCAAGCCCAUGCCUCCUCCUUCUCCUUCUCCUCCUCCUCCCCACCACCCCCAACUCUGUACUUAAAUUCUAAAUCUUGAGCAUUUACUGCUAAACCACCUGAGGCAAGCGCGCACGUGAGGCAUACGAGGACAAAUUCAAUGAUGGGUGACGCUGCCAAGGCGGGCCUCCGCAAUGGCAUCGCCGUCCAGGCACCGGAGCCGCUGCCCCCCUCGGAGGUGAAGAUGGAGGAGAGGGGCCAGUGGAGCAACAAGGUGGAAUUCAUCCUGUCCGUUGCCGGAUCCAUCAUCGGCCUGGGCAACAUGUGGCGCUUCCCGUACCUUUGCUACAAGAACGGAGGAGGUGCCUUCCUCAUCCCGUACCUCAUCUUCCUAUUUGCCUGUGGCGUUCCCGUCUUCUUCCUGGAGACGGCCCUGGGCCAGUUCACCAGCGAGGGAGGCGUAACGUGCUGGAGAAAAAUCAGCCCCUUGUUUGAAGGUCUUGGCUAUGGCACCCAAGUGAUCGUGACCCUGCUGAACUUCUACUACAUCGUGGUCCUGGCUUGGGGCAUGUUCUAUCUGUCUUUCUCCUUCUCCUGGGAUCUGCCGUGGUCUUCCUGCAACAACUCGUGGAACACAGAAAACUGCGUGGAGUUCCAGAGGAGAAACGCUUCCGUCAACCAAACGAUCCCCCACAAUGCCACAUCUCCGGUCAUGGAGUUCUGGGAGAGACGAGCGCUGAGGAUCUCGCCGGGCAUCGAGCACAUGGGCUCGCUCCACUGGGACCUGGUCCUGUGUCUGCUCAUCGCCUGGGUCAUGUGCUACUUCUGCAUCUGGAAGGGGGUCAAAUCCACAGGAAAAGUGGUCUACUUCACGGCAACCUUCCCCUAUCUGAUGCUUAUCGUGCUGCUGGUGAGGGGACUCACCCUACCUGGUGCAGGGAUCGGGAUUCAGUUUUACCUCUACCCUGAUUUAGGACGUCUGGCAGACCCACAGGUAUGGAUGGAUGCCGGGACCCAAAUCUUCUUCUCCUAUGCUAUUUGCUUAGGCUCUUUGACAGCUCUAGGCAGCUAUAACAAAUACAACAACAACUGUUACAGAGAUUGCCUGGCCUUGUGCUUUCUAAACAGCGGCACCAGCUUUGUGGCUGGAUUUGCAAUUUUCUCCAUUCUGGGCUUCAUGUCUUAUGAGCAGAAUGUUCCCAUCUCUGAGGUGGCCGAAUCUGGCCCUGGUUUAGCCUUCAUUGCUUACCCGCGUGCUGUGACCAUGAUGCCCUUCUCUCCCCUGUGGGCCGCUCUCUUCUUCAUCAUGAUUGUUUUUCUCGGGCUGGACAGUCAGUUUGUGUGCGUGGAGAGCCUGGUGACCGCCAUCGUCGACAUGUACCCCGCCACCUUCCGCCGUAAAAACCGCCGGGAGCUUUUCCUCCUCGUUGUGGUCUUCCUCUCUUUCCUUGUGGGCCUCAUUAUGCUCAUGGAGGGUGGCAUGUACGUCUUCCAGCUCUUUGAUUACUACGCUGCUAGUGGCAUGUGUCUUCUCUUUAUGGGCCUCUUUGAGACCGUCUGCAUUGCCUGGGUCUACGGUGCUGAUCGCUUUUAUGACAACAUCGAAGACAUGAUCGGCUACCGUCCUGGGCCUUACAUCAAGUACUGCUGGAUGUUCUUCACCCCGGCCACGUGUAUUGGUACUUUUGCCUUCUCCCUCAUUAAAUACACUCCGCUAAAAUACAACAAUGAGUAUGUGUAUCCGUGGUGGGGCUACGUCAUUGGCUGGCUACUGGCUCUCUCCUCCAUGGUCUGCAUCCCACUGUGGAUGGCCUAUAAGAUCAGCACCACACAGGGAACGUUCAGGGAGCGCAUCCAGCUGCUCAUCACACCAUCUGAGGACUUGCCCAAAACCAAAAGAGAGCAAGAGAGGUUGCUGGCCAUUUUUGCCCCGGAGGAAGACAGCAGCAGGAAUAAAAAUGGCUACCAUCCUGUGUCGGAGCAAGAUUCAAACUUAUGAAGCACAAGUGGAGCCACACUGGUGGAUUUUGGUUCAGUUUUAAGAGCUGAAUAGAAUUAAAGUUGACAGUUGAAUCACGAAUAGCUUGCUUGGGAAUGCAGCCCACCCUCUGUAUCCAGUAGCGCUAUGCGGCUCCAAAGCCCUAUUUGUAUGAUAAUAUUGUAUUAUCAUGAGGUGAUUUGGCAUUUUUGUCCUUUGUAUUUCCAAGUAUGCAAUUUUAUUUUAUGAAAUUUGAUGGAAAUAUGCAAUGUCAACAAGAUUUCUGUGCUCACUGUUGUAGAACGACGACAUCAAUGAAGUCUCUUAUUUUAUACUGUGACAAAUUGUCUGUACAAAGAAAUUUCUAAGUGUCUUUUUAAAUAAACAUGUAAAAUCCAAGCUG